AUGGAAGGAAAGAGGGAAGCGAGGAAGGAAGGAAGCGAGGAAGCAAGGAAGGAAGCGAGGAAGCAAGGUAGGAAGGAAGAGAGGAAGGAAAGAUGCGAGGGCGGAAGGAAGCGAGGAAGCAAGGAAGGAAGGAAGCAAGAAAAGAAGAAAGGAGGAAGGAAGCGAGGAAGCAAGGAGGGAAGGAAGGAAGCGAUGAAAGAGAGAGGCGAGGAAGCAAGGAAGGAAUGAAGCGAUGAAGGAAGGAAGCGAGGAAGCAAGCGAGGAAGCAAGCGAGGAAGGAAAGAUGCGAGGAAGGAAGGAAGCAAAGAAGGAAGAAAGCAAGAAAAGAAGAGGCGAGGAAGAAAGGAAGGUAGGAAGCGAGGAAGGAAACGAGGAAGGAAAGAAGCGAGGAAGCAAGGAAGGAAGGAAGCCAGGAAGGAAGGAAGCGAGGAAGCAAGGAGGAAAAGAAGCAAAGAAGGGAGUAAGCAAGGAAAGGAGGAAGGAAGGAUGCGAGGAAGGAAGUAAGCGAGGAAGCAAGGAAGGAAGGAAGCAAGGAAGGAACGAAGCGAGGAAGGAAGGAUGCGAGGAAGCGAAGAAGGAAGGAAGUGAGGAAGCAAGGAAGGGAGGAUGCAAGAAAGGAAGGAAGCAAGGAUGGAAGGAAGGAAGCGAGGAAGAAAGGAUGCAAGAAUACGAGGAAGCAAGGAAGGGAGGAAGAAAGGAAGCGAGGAAGGAAGCGAGGAGGGAAGAAGCAAAGAAGGAAGGAAGCGAGGAAGGAAGCGAGGAAGGAAGGAAGCAAGGAUGGAAGGAAGCGAGGAAGGAAGGAUGUGAGGAAGCGAGGAAGGAAGCCAAGAAGCAAGGAAGGAAGGAAGCGAAGAAGCAAGGAAGGGAGGAAGCGAGCAAGCAAAGUGACAACCUUACCUCGGUUAUGAAAGAGGCAUUGGAGUUCCAUGUCAAAUGGUGA